GACUCGGCAGAGGCUACUUGCUUCCGCCUUACCACUCAAACAAGCUCAUUGAGUACGGUAUUGCAGUCACAAGAUGAAGGCUUUUACUAAACUCUUAAUAGUUGGUGCUAUAGGAAUAGCUUUUGUUGCUUUCCAAUGGAGUGGACCCACCUUGGACUCAGAGUCUUUAAAGGGUGCACGGGUUCUGGUGACUGGUGCCAGUACAGGUAUAGGUGAACAAAUGGCAUAUCACCUUGCCGGCUUUGGUGCCCAGGUGGUUAUUACAGCCAGGAGGGAGAAGGUUCUACAGCAGGUAGUAGAGAAGUGCCAGGGUUUGGGGGCCCAGAAAGCUCUGUACGUAGCAGCAGACAUGGCCAAUCCUUCUGACCCAGAAAGAGUGGUGCAGUUUGCUGUGGACAAGCUGGGAGGACUGGACUACCUGGUGCUGAACCACAUAGGUUCCAGCCCAUUCGCCAUGUGGGACGGAGAUGUGGAGCACACUAGAUGGUUAAUGCAGGUAAAUUUCCUCAGCUAUCUGCAGAUGGCGAAGACUGCUCUGCCCACCCUUGAGCAGAGUAGUGGUUCCAUUGUGGUCGUCUCCUCCUUAUUAGGUAAAAUUUGCAGCCCGUUUAUGGCCCCCUACACAUCCACAAAGUUUGCCCUGAACGGUUUCUUUGGGACGCUGCAGCAUGAGCUGGCCAUGCAGAAGAGCAACGUAUCCAUUACUAUCACCGUCCUGGCCCUGAUCGAUACGGACUCGGCUAUGGAGAAAGUCAAGGGGUUCACCAACAUCCCAGCCUGGCCGGCCAGUGAGGCAGCGCUUCACAUCAUCACUUCUGGAGCCACUCGUCAGACAGAGUCUUACUACCCCUGGUUCUGGUAUUAUGGCUCUCUCAUCAGAGACUGGUUCCCCUACUUAAGGGAUAUAUCUAUACGUAACUUUUAUAAAUAUUAAACAUAUGCUUAAAAUA